UGCGCACAAGACGCAGACGUACGCGCCGUGGUCGCUGACAGAAUGGGGCCUGGCUCUGUUUGUUUUCAGAAAAUAGAUCAUUUUUGUGAACAGUCCUAGUCAGCAUCUCUGAGGGAAUUGCGCCAUCUGUCUGCUUGACAUGUAUUACGUAUGCUGUUUUUGGCCACAGCCCCAUUAAGUAUGCCAUCAAGCGGGUGUUUUUUUAGGUGAGUCUCAGCAGUGUAUGCAAGGAAGUAGUCAGCAUAUUUGAAGAAGAGCUCCAACAAGGCAGGAUAGAGUGCCCAGGUAGUUUAACUGGUUGAACAGUGGCCGAUGCAGCGGCUUGGGUUCGAUUCCAGCUCAUGGCUCUUAGUAGGUCUUCACCUAAUUUCCUGUCUGCUUCUCCACUCACCUUUCUAAUGAAGCCAAAAAAUGUUACUUGGAAAAAAAGGACAGGAUUUGGUGAUUUAAGUGAAGAUGCAAUAAAGGUAUAAAUGUCCUACAUGCCCCAGAUUUAUUCCCCAUGGACAAGUGAUCCAGUUGAAAUAGAUAUUUGUGUUCAAAGUGACUUGCACUUGAACAGAACGUACAAAUAACAAUAAGUCACAGCACAGAGAAAACAUGUCUGUGGCUUGUCCUAUCUAUGCUCUUGAAAUAAACUCUGCCAAGGUCAGACUGAACCGUUAAUCUAAAAUAUUUGGUCCAAUGUGCUCUUGGGUAAUACACUCAACAUACAUAAAAUAUGCUCCAAAAAAACUUGACCCCAUUGAUAAAAGUUGCUGUCACUGUUUUCAUUUUUAAAAAACAAUCUUCAUGUUUUUUUGUCUCUGCUAACUCCUGCACUUUUUUCAGCAGUGUUGAACUUAAUUUGGCUUCACCACAUGUUCUUCUUUUAUUAAUGUUUGAUGUUAAGGGUGUCUGCAAUUAUUGUCUGCACUCAGUGAAAAUGAGGGCUUUCCUUCAGCGUGCUCUCCAAGGUUUUAAAUAAAAUAAAUGAUGAUGAUUCACUCUGUUGUGUCUAAGGUCAGACCAAGUAUCAUGCAUGUAGCAGAACAGCUUCCUCAUUCUACACUCAGAAAUCAAGCAGUGCCACUACACUACAAAGUACAAAAAAUAUGUUUUGGUUCAACAAAAAGCUAACACAGCACUUUGAAUCAAUCUUCUUGAGCUAUGAGAACUUCUAUUGAAAUUAUGUUCAACCAACAAAUGACAUUGAGAUAUGGGAAUCAGCUUUUCCUCUAUAAUUGAAGAUAUUUUCAAACACCAGUCUUAACCAAAUGAAACUGUCCAGACAUGUUCAUAUAGUGGAAGAGAGUUUAAAUUUUACAUUCAAAGUUAAAACAAAUUAAAUUAUACUUAAAUAUGGAUUUAGUUUUAAGUCAACCCGUGCAGAUAUUUGAGGUUAAAUUAAGCACAAUGUUAAGUUGUUGCAGUUUCCAAGAUUAUUAUGUCAGUACAACCCAUCCAAAAAUAAUAACUGAAAUAGUUUGUCUAAAUAACUCAAACUGAUUUUUCUUAAUUCUGCUACCAUGCAUUUGAAUAAGUGAUAGGAAGGGGUUUCUGAAUUUACUGAGUGUGGACGGGACUUUCCAUGAGCCAAAUACUUUGUUAUAUUUCGAUGUUAACACAAAUUUACUGAGGAUCAGAAAUCAUGUGAGAACCAUGUGUCCUAAAGGUAUUAAAACAUCUGGCCUUAAGACUACAUAAAAGUGGCAACGUGAUUAAUACCAGUAACAAGCAGCUCUGCUGAUGCUAAUUUCCAAACAAAUCUGCAGUUCAUGUAAUUACACAGAAGUCCUUAGGCCUUUGUGGCUUGUAAUGCAGCCUUGUUUGCGCUGCUCAUUUAACAAUGUGGGAUUUAACCUCAUUUUCCAGGGAGGCUCGUCUCUCAGAAACAUCACAGUCUCCCUCCUGACUUUGACCAGUUAUUGGUACCUACUAUCAGAGGAGGAUAGCACCGAGAAUAUAGGGACCUCUGAGCAACAUCAGCACAGAAUCUAUUUAAAACACUAUAGAUAACAUUACUAACCUCACAACCAACCUGAUAAAUUUUAUAUCCCUGUGGAAAUCCCAGGCAAAGUGAGCUGAGCUUUGUCAAAUGUCAGAGCAGUAUUUAGCUUUAUGAUUUGAACAGCUAUUAUGGCCACAGGUUAUAUUUCAAAGUGCUUUACAGACAAGACAUAAAAUAGAACUUGACAACUUGAUUUGUAGAUUUAGAAUAAAAUAAAAUGAACACACAGCAAGUAUUGAAAUAUGAACACAGGGGUCAACCAAUGUGGUCUUUUCAAUGCUGAUAAUGAUAUAAUUGUAAAUAAGGAGCGUGAUAACCGAUAUGUAAAACCAAUAAAAAUCUGGAGAAAAAAAUUAAAAUCUUGGUAUUUACACUAAUAUAAACUCCAAACUUGCUGAAAAGCUUUAGUUUAUUUGGCCACAUGUCUUAUAUAUGUUUGAUUAAAAUAGAACUUCUGAACAUUUGUUGGUUAUUGUUGAUAGGCUGUUACUUAUGAUGUGUAACCAAUCAGAUUGUGCUGUGGGCGGGACAUUGCUGGAGACCACAUAGUGACCACAGACAGGGAAAGCAGCUGCGUCAGAAUCAAAUUCUUCAAAUUAGAAGAAUUUUACUCUAAUGAGAAUUAAGCAGUGUAUAGAUAAUGGGUGGAUGGAUGGAUGGAAAUCAGUUUGAAAGAAAUAAUGAUACAGUUAACUGAAAAAAUGCUGGAUAUGGUAUGUAAUAAUUGGCCAGUCUGGGAACUGGUUGACCUUGACAUGAACACAAUAAAUCAAUGUAAUGUUCACAAAGCUCUCUAAUUAAAAGCUUGGCUAAAAACAAAGAUUUUAAAGGUAACAACACUCCUCUCCUCUCUUUUAAGCUCUUCUACUACCUUCUAGCAGACUCUUCCAAAGGCUUGGAGCAUAAAAACUAAAAGCUGCCACACUAAUUUUAUUGUUGUGCACUAUUUUGCUGCCAAACAUAGGUUAGUCUGUUCUUGUAGGAAUAUCUGAGGAAUCUGAGGUCAAUAUAAUGCAGUGCAUAAUGUGUGCAUCUGUUAACAUUGCUACAAUUUGAUUUGUCAAGAAUCCAAGUUUUGUCAUUUAUAAUCCUGUUGAAUGGAAGCUGUCAGUAGAGCUGAGUCAUGUUAGUUCAGGAGCUGAUAACCUACUUGACUGCUGCGGUUAAAAAAGGUAACAACUGAUCUUUUUCCAAAAGAAUGGGUGUUUCUUAUAAGGUUAGCAAUGACUGACUUCUGUUCAAGAGUUUCAGGAAGCCUCGACACUGUGACAUUGACUCACCAAGCUGAAUUCAGCCAUCAUUAUUGGGAUAAUUUACAAUUUAUAUUGGGGUAUUCUGCCAAAACCUCAAGUCUAUCAUCAGAUAGUUUACAGUAUGCGCAAUUUGUGAGUAAAUGCUCUGGUAUAGAACACUUGCAGUCAAAAUGCUAAACUACUAAUGUCUAACCUGUAUCUAUAUGACUUAAGAAGUUUUACAUUUUGGCUGCAAGUGUUCUCAUCUAGUGUUCUCUAGUAUCAAGUUAAACAAAUGUAUUUGCUAAAAAAAAAAAAAAAAAAAUCUAAUUACUGUACUAAUAUUAGUAGAGAUCCUUCUCUUAUAAUGUUCCUCAAAGAUCCAUUGCCACUCUCUAAACAAACUUAUUUUUUAUGCGUAUUUUACAAAACUUACUUCCCAUGACUGUUACUCAAAAUAGGCAAACAUGCUGCAUUGACCUUAAUUAAAUAGUUAAAAUAUGGCGCAUUUCGACAAGCAUCUACUCGGUGCGCCACGGCUCGGCUCAUCUCGUCUUUGCUUGUGAGCGUUUCCAUAUGGACUAGUGCAUGAUACCAGGCACUAUUUUCCGUACCUUCUCGGCAGAGGUUCCAAGCAAGCUGAGAUGAGCCGAUAAUGUGACGUCUACAGAGCGCAGGCCACUAAUUGGACAGGAAGUGACGACACACGAGAGCGACUCCUGCACGGAAACCAAACCCGGCCUUUUUAAAACAACUGGGAAGAGCGACAGUACGCUCUCUGCUAUUUCACGUAUUUUUAUUGUUAUAGAUCGAAUAUAACCCCCAAUAUGGAAAGCAAAAGCGUGCCAUGGUCUAACCACGAGAUCCAGACGUUUCCAUCUGUGGUGGCGGACCAGAGAAUUCAAACGGAGCUGGAUGGUGCCACUCGGAACCAGAAAAUAUAUCAGGAGAACUCCGAGCGGAUGGCCGGCUUUGGACGCAACCGGUUGAUGAAGCAGUGUCGGGAGAAAUUAAAGAAACUAAAAAGUGACUAUCGGUACAUCAAGGACCACAACGGCCGGAGUGGGUCAAACCGUCAGCGUUGGAAGUGGUUCGACCAAAUGGACGCCAUUUAUGGACACCAACCGGCAAGCAACGGGAGGGAGAGUGGCCUAGACUCUGCGGCUGCAUUAGUGGACACGUUUGAGAACGCAUUCCUCUCCACGUGCGGCGUCUUCUCCGCCUCCGCGGAGCCCGCAAGCUCCCCUCCCUCCUCCUCGGCACCAGCUGCGGCUUCUCCGGUACCACCGCGGACAUCAACACCAUCGACAUCGACCUCCAGCACACAGCAACGUCCUGUCGCUGCCCUCAGACAACAUGAGGCCAGUGGAUCCAUUGUAUGGAAUUCCACGUUGCUCUCUCGAGGUGUGUGAUUAACCCCUACUGUACAUAAGAGCAAACAUCACAUCAAAGGCAGCCACGGAGGGUGUCUGCAGGUGACGGGUCAGCCGGAGGUGAGGGGUCGGUCGCAGGCUGACGGAGCAGCCAGUCUGAGCAGAGAUGGAGGGAAAAAGAAGGGAGGAAAGCUGGAGUGAAAGACCAGAGCCAAGAGUAGUGAACCUCCACUCUUCCACCUCAGCUGAAAUUAAACUGUCGCCCUUCAGAACCAAAUAGUCCCAAUGUGCCUGAUGAAAAAUGACCCAACAAACACUGCUGCUGCUCAUUAUGCGAUAAAGUGGACACGACACAUUCAUCAAAGAGGUGGCUGAGUAAUCUGUGUGUCUGAGAUAGGCAGUGAUGUUGAGACGCUGUUCCUGUAAUGGUCUAAUGUGCGAGAGGCUGUCUUCGCUGCAGUAUAACAUAAGCCAUAUUCAGUAUCAAUACAAAUUGCCUGUGAAGUUGAAAAUGUAAAACAGA